GUUUUUUUCAUCCAUGGUAGCACUGUACCAGAAGAGUCUCGUUGCUGUCUGGAGGAUGACCACAUAGGAAGCAGACAUUCAGUGUGGGCUAGAAAACUUGGAAGAGCUUUUAUUCAAGAUGAAUGUCUUACAAGGAAAAGAAAACAUACAAGGCAAAGAAGAACAGUAGGUGAAUUCACUGCAGAUGGAAAACGGGGACAACUGCUGUAUGAAGAACAAAGAAAAAAGAUGGAUGCCAACAAAGUAUGGCAGUGGCGCAUUAUGUGUGUAGGCAAAUAUUCGAGACAUGCAGAACCUUUCCAGUGCAGCAAUAGGAUUGGAUUGGAUUUUAAUGUAGCAUCCAACAACCAUCAAAAACUGGAUAUAGGUUUAGUGACAAAUGGGGUCAUACUUGAGGUCUGUGACUUUGCUAAAACAGUAAACAAGAGUAAAAGGCAUUUUUUCACAAACAUUUUAGAGAACAAUUUCAAUCUUGAUUUGGAAAAUGAUCAACAGCGGAUUGAUUUUACAUCUCGAAUUAUGCACAAAGUUAAAAACUUGAUUAGGAAACCUCCUAAAGAUAAAAAUGAAGUUUUCACUCUCUUUGACACACCAUGUAAUCCAGAAUGCUCGAGCAGCAAUGAACCGAACAUGGCAUCCACAAAGCAUAAGACUGAAAGUAUCCUGGUGGAGACUGGAUGACACUGAUGAUUGGGAACAUGAAGAUGAAUUACAGUGUUCACAAGCAACAUCCAAAGAUUGCAUUAAGGCAGAAAGUCUCUUGGAAGUGAUGGAUAGGGCACAAAGUGAUGACAGUGACUAUGAAGAUGAAUUAAAGUUUUCAGAAGCACAGUCAGCAGAGAAACAAAAAGAUGAUGAUUUUUCCAAGUUGUUUCCCUUUUGUGAGAAAAUUGGUCUGAACCUUGAUUUUGGGUCAAAACAAAGUCUAGAGCCAGGUUUGCUGACAAAGGGCAUAAUGUUAGAGUUAAUUCACUUCACCAGAAUUCUCACUGCAUCCUACAGCCCUAUUGUUCUGGAUGUUUUGGAGCACAAUUUUGAACUUGAUCUAAAAAGUCAACAAGAAAAAAGUCGAGCUUUGUUCAAGAUAUCGCACUUGCUGAAGAAAAGAACGAGAUUUCUCAACAUUGGUACCAAAAUAAGCCCAGAGUUUAAAACUGAGCCGUUUUCAUUCCAGACAAAUCCCUUCAAAAGACACAGAGAAACAGCUCUGUCUGAUAUGGAAGCUCCGCAAUAUCAGUUUAAGGAAGUGACAAAAAGAAGGCAGUCUGAUUUAAAAAGUAAACAGGCAAUCAAAAGGCGCAAAAGAGACAUGGAAACAAACACACUCUCUUAUCACACUCAUUUGUAUAGCACUACUACAGCAGAGGGAGAUCAUUGUCACACUUGUCCUGUAGGAAAGUCUGAUUCAGACUCAGACUCUGGCAAAAAAUGUGACAUGGAACAAGAAGUAAUGGGAACAGAGGGAAACUGUUCUUAUCCCCUGGGAUCAUCUCAACUAAUCUUGGACAAAGCCACAGAUUCAGGAAACGUUUGCAAACAGAAUCAGUCACAAAACCCCAAAAGUUCUCUCGGCUACGACAUUCCUAGAAAACCAGAAUCAAACUGUCUUCAUGUGCCUUUCCUCAACACCAAUUACAUUGUAUCCACUUUACCAACUGAUAACUUAAAUGUGAUUCCACCACUUGCGAGUCAACAUAAUGAAGGAGGGCAUUGUGGAGUUGAGGAGAAAUGUCAGACUCCAAUAAAUGUUCCAAACAAGUCAGACGUGGAACAAGAAGAAAUGGAAACAGAGCACGACAUGUGGAAGUUGCGUGCUAACCGUGUAAGAAAAAUCCUCUCAACAUUCGUGUUAAGUCCAUUCUACAACUCAAGGAAAGUUGCCCUUGAAUUCAAUGUUGGAUUUAGUGCAAAGAAGAACAUCAGUGUUGACAACUUGCGUAACAAUCAUCUGCUCGAAGUUGCUAAAUUUGCCAUAGCAAUGAAUUCAUCCAAGCAGGAUUUCAUCAUGGAGAUUCUUGAGCACAACUUUGACUUCGGCCUGCAAAGUGAAUACCAGCGAAAUAUAUUCACAUUGGAAAUUAUGAAUCGAGUGAGAGAGCUGGAAAAUUGUGAAGAUGCAAUUAAAUUCUCAAAUGAGGUUUUUGAGCUUCCUGGUCGUCCUGGUAUGGGCAAUGUGAAACCUCAACUCUGCAACAUAAUGAAAAUAGAAGAGUGCAAGUUUUCUCCGCUGCUCCCACCUCAUUCUCAAGCUAACACUUCAGAACAUAUUUCACAGAAAAGUUUGGAUCUUUAUCCCUUCUGCCAGGAAAUAGGUCUGAAACUAAAUGUGUACAAUCCACAGCUAAAUAAAAAACUGGAUAUUGACAAACUCUCCAAUGGAUCAAUGACUGAGGUGACAAACUUUGCAGAAAAGUUGUGUGGAAAAUUUGCCCAGAUAUGUCUUGACAUCCUCAAACACAACUUUUGCUUUGAUUUCCAAAGUGGAGAUUCUGACCUGGCCGGAGAUAUUCUUGCACGGAUUCCUUUUAUAGUGGAUAAGCAGAAUCUAUCAAAUUGUGAAAUUCAUAGAACUGGAAAGGACACCACAAAAGACUCUACAACAAUGGUAAAACUUGAUUGCCAGAGGAACCCACAUUUAGAUGCAUGUAGUGAUGGAUCUUCUCAGUGUGUGGAAAUAGUCCGACCGGUAGGCAGAUCUACUGACUUUGUACAGCAAGAUGAGCUAAAUUUAAAGUUGUGGAAAUGUCGAGCUAAUCACAUUAAGCAAAUCCUCUCAGUACCCCAUGAAGAACAUUGCCCACUUUAUUCUUUUUCUCGAUGUCAGAAACUAGGCAUUGAUUUCAAUGUAGGAUCUGGAAUAAAACAAAAUCUUGAUCCCAAAUUGUUGACCAAUGGUAUCAUGGUUGAAAUAAACACCUUUGCUGCAGCAAUGCGAUCAGCUCAAAAGCACUUCAUCACGGAGAUACUGGAGUAUAAUUUGAAUCUUGAUUUAAAAAAUGAGCUGUAUCGCAGUGCCUUUACACGGCAAGUAUGGAAAAAAGUAACACCAAUGAAUAUCAAGAGAUCCAAACUUCGGUUGAUGAAUACUCUUUUUGAACUGCCUGACUUGAUGUGCCUACCAAAUCCUUCAACAUAUUGCCCCAAAUGCUUUCAAGAAAGAAGUCAUAAGCUUUGUCAGAAUGACUUUGACCCUAGUCAUAUACAUCAUCCUCGUACUCAUACCACAGCGGGCGCUGUCUCUGAUGAUGCAAACUACACAGGACAAAAGACUGUAAGGGAUCAGUCUUCUACCUUCUUAGGAAGAGAGGAAACGAUAAUGGACAACUACCGUUGUUGCCAAAAAAUCGGUUUUAUGCUGUUUGCAGACGAACACCAACCAAAAUCUAAGAUUGAUAUACCUGUAUUGACAUAUGGGAUUAUGAAUGAAGUUGCCACUUUCACCAAAAAACUGUGUGGGACUAAAUUUAGCAUCAUUAAAGAUGUCCUUGAACACAACUUCAACAUGGGCAUGCAGGGGAGACAUUUUUCUCGUAUGAUGUAUUUCCAAAGACUGACACCAAACUGGUUCAAUGAAGUUUAUGUUUUUUACAAACCGAAAACUACUCAAAAUAAAAUAAAAUAUGCACUACAAACAAUGAAAACAAGAGCAAACUACACUUGUCCUCUAGGAGAGUCUGAUCUAGACUCAGACAAAAUGACAGAUUCAGAAAACCUAGGCAUUCAGAAUCACGGUUUUCUAAGCUCAGACAUCCCAGGACAAUUAGAAUCAAGUUGUCUGGGUCAUCCCGUGCCUUCCCUCACCUCCGAUGACAUCUCAUCCAGUUUACCAAAUGUAAACUCAAACGUAAACAAACUCUUUGCUAAUCAACCAAAUGAAGGAGGGCGUUGCGGAUUUGAUCAGCUGACACAAACUUCAAGAAAUGAAAUGGACAAAGGUGACAUGAAACAACAAGAAAUGGAAACGGAGAAGUCAAACCUUAACCCACCCUUUGCAGAUCAACCAAUUGAAGGAGGGCGUUGUGGAGUUGAACAGCUGACACAAACUUCAAGAAAUGAACCAAAAAAAGGUGAUAUGAAACUAGAAGAAAUGGAAACAGAGAACUCAAACCUUAACCCACCCUUUGCUAAUCAACCAAUGGAAAGAGGGUGUUUUGGAGUUGAAGUGCAAACACAAGCUUCAAGAAAUACACCAAACAAAUGUGACGUGAAACAAGAAGAAAUGGAAACGGAGAACAACUUGUGGAAGUUGCGUGCUAACCGUGCAAGAAAGAUCCUCUCAACAUUCGAGUUUGGUCCAUUCAACAACUCAAAGAAAUUAGGUCUUGAAUUCCAUGUUGGAUUUGGUGCAAAGCAAAAUAUUAGGGUUGACAAUUUGCGAGACGCUCAUCUGCUUGAAGUUGCAACAUUUGCCUUAGCAAUGAAUUCUUCCAAGCAGGAUUUCAUCAUGGAGAUUCUUGAACACAACUUUAAUUUCGGCUUGCAGAGUGAAUACCAGCGAAACAUAUUCACAUUGGAAAUUAUGAAUCGAGUGAGAAUGCUGGAAAAUUCUAAAGAUGCGAUCAAAUUCUCAAAUGAGAUUUGUGUACUUCCUAUUUUCCCUGGUAUGGGCAAUGUAAAACCUCAACUCGGCAACAUAUUGAAAAUGGAAGAGUGUGAUGUUGCUCCCGGGUUCCCAACUCAUUCACAAGCUAAAACUUCAGAACAUUUUUCACAGAAGGGUGUAGAUAUCUAUCCGUUCUGCCAUGAAAUAGGUCUGAAGUUAAAUGUUAACAAUCAUCAACCAAAUAAAAAACUGGACAUCAACAAACUGACAAAUGGAUCAGUGGCUGAAGUGACAAACUUUGCAGAAAAGUUGUGUGGGACUUUUGAGCAGAUUUGUCUUGACAUUCUUACACACAACUUCGAUUUUCAUUUGCAAAGUGGAGAUCCUGACCUUGCCAGAAGCAUUGUUGCCCGAAUCCAUGCUACAGUGGAGCAAAGGAAUCUAACACUCUAUGUGAAACCCUUCAAGGGACCAAAGAACCGAGGAAAAGAACAUCUAUUGGGGAAACUGAAAUUAAGGAACAACCUUAAAACAGAUGGAUGUAGUGCUGGUUCGUCCCAUACUGCUAUCACAAACCAAGAAGUAGGCAGUUCUGCGGUUGAACAGAAAAAUGAACUAGAUUUAAAGCUGUGGAAAGUGCGGGAAAAUCGUAUACAGCAAAUUCUCUCAACACCUCAUACUGAACAUUGUCCAUUAUAUUCUUACUCUAGAUGCAGGACAUUAGGCAUUGAUUUCAAUGUAGGAUCUGGAGAAAAACUAAAUCUCGACCCAAAAUCGCUGACCAAUGGCAUCAUGGUUGAAUUGAAUACGUUUGCCACAGCACUGAUAUCAGACCAAAAGCACUUCGUCACAGAGAUAUUGGAGUAUAAUUUUCCUCUUGAUUUAAAAAAUGAACUGUAUCGCGGGGCCUAUAAAGAGCAACUAUUGACAAACAUAAACCUAGUAAAAUGGACGAAAAUGUCCUCUGUGAAUAAGCCUUUUGAACUGCCUGACUUGAUAUGCCUACAAAAUCCGACAAAAUAUUGCCCCAAAUGCUUUCAAGAAAGAAGUCAUAAGACUUGUCAGGAUGACUCUAACCCUAGUCACAUGCAUCAUCCACCUACACAUACCAUGGCGGACGCUGUCUCUGGGGAUGCAAACUGCACAGCACCAAAGCCUGAAAAGGUUCAGUCCUCUUCCUUCUCUGCAAUAGAGGAGAUGAUAGUGGAAUACUUUCCUGCUUGCAAGAACACAGGUUUGAACCUGUUUGUUGACAAAGACCAAGCAAGAGAUAAACUUGACACCAAUGUACUGACUCGCGGAAUUAUGUUGGAAGUGGUUGGUUUUGCCAGAUCAUUGUGUGGAACAAAGGGUGAGAUCAUUGUUGAUAUCCUUGAACACAACUUUAACAUUGACUUGCAGGGGACAAGUCCUGCACGUUUGUUCUACUCUUUAGCCCCAAAGAAAGGUGGGCCUGACUGGUUCAAUGAGGUCUUUGAAAUUCCAUUUCAGUCUUCUCAGAGACAACUUCCAAUUCGUAAAUCGACUCCGCAAGAUCAGAUUCAGGGUGAUGGAUGGAGGGAGGUUAUUCAAAAAAGAAAGCUGGCACUGCAAACAAAGGAGGAAAAAGACGCAAUGACAAGUGAUAAUCCUUACAAGAUACAAUACAAGAGUAAAAAAACAAAUGCAAUGUGUUGUAGUAAGGUGAUCCGUUAUCCCAAUUGCACGGAGAUAGGUUUGGAUUUGGAUGUAACAAAAUCCGGAGAGAAAGAAAAACUGCACUUGAGGCUAUUGACCCAAGCUGUAGUGUGGGAGAUAAAUAAAUAUAAAAAAGAAAAAAAAAAAGGAUGCUAUUCGCCAAGCACUUGGUAUGACAUCCUUGACUAUAACUUUGAUAUUAGCUCCCAACAUAAAAGAAGCUUGGAGUUUUCAAUAGCUGUAACGACCAAAGUCCAAGCCAUGAUCAGAGAUUAUAACAAAUACAGUAAGGUAGAAGCAAACAAGAUCUUCGAAUUGCCAUUUCUAUUUGCUUCCGAUGCUUCACAAAGUCAUCUAGAGAAGAGACAAAAUAAGCAAUGUCGGCUCUUUGGUCGUUUUGUGCGCCAAAUGAAGUACCAUUCAGGUGUUAGUUGUGUUCAUUUUCUCGAAGGCUACAAAACAAAACAAAAAUAUUGGAUCCUUCGUGAUGGCACAAAGGUACAAAGAGAUCCUAGGAAGAUUGUCCAAAACAAUGGGAACCAAGUGGGUGAUGGUUGUGGCAGUCCUCUCCAGGGAAACUUACAAAUCAAAGAGGAGGAGUGGCAUCCAUGUUAUGGAAAUAUAAAACCAGAACCGGACACAGAGGAAAAAUAUUGUCAUCUUCAUGAUGAUGUCAAAACGGAGUCAAACCCUGAGGACGUUGCGCAUUUUGUCCCAGGUGAACCUACAGGAGCCCUUGGAUAUACGUUAAUGACUGCAUUGCCAGAUUCUGAAAGACGCAAAACAGAACCAGAAAAUGAGAAUGUCCAGUAUUACAUCCUGGCUGCACCACAAGGGUCCGUUACACAUCCAAACACAGCUUGUAACUUAAAUACAGAAUGGGAGUUUGAAAAUGUUGAGUAUUCAGUCCCAGUGGAAACAGAAGAAUCCCAGGAAUACUCCAUGGUUAUAAUAGGUCAUGGCAAUGAGAGCACAUUAAUCAAAGAAGAGGAAGAUAAUGUGCCUGUUGACUUAUACCAUUAUGGUGGUCAAUGAAAGUGCAGCAGGCAUCUACCAGGGUUACCUACCAGGGUUAACAUAAAUGGUAUGUGUGUUUUUCAUUACAAAUGCCAUUAGCUGCCUUAUUGUAAUGAAAAUGUAUUAAUUGUUGGUGUAGAAUGAACUUGAUGAUCUUGCAGUAAUGUCUUAAUGUCUUGCUGUAAUGUGUACUUUAAAUAUCUCACUGUAAAUACAAAGACUCAAAGUGUCCACAAAUAUUGAUGUAUGAUUAAAGUGUUUAAAUGCAUAGGGCUAUUACAUAUUAUAUGUUGAAGCAUUGUGAAGCAUGAACAAUUGUUCUUUAUUUUUAUUUAUUUUUUUGCCAGUGGCCCACUUUUGGUAAUUUCCAAAUGUGUAAAAAUGUGAACUUGGAUAUCCUGACGCUUAACUUUACUUGGCGGAAAGAAGAUUAUUGUGCUUUAUUCUUAAACAUUCUAGUCUUGUUUUCCUUCAUUUGGGCAUUUUGUUCAUAUGUCCAUAUUUCUUGUUUCUAUUUUUAUGUUUUCUCUAUUUUUCAAAAAGAUUUGAUGAGUGACAUUUUCAAGAUUUUGUAUAUUAUUAUUUUGUCAGUGGUGGUGUAAAUUGGUGAAGAUGAGUGUUAGUACUUUAUUCAUAAAUCUGCCAAUACAACAACAAUGUAGAAAGGAAAAAAUACCUGUAUCUUGAUGGAUUAGUUUGUUUUUCAUUUUGAUUUCACCACACAUGUUUGAUAUAAAGAAUGUUCAUGCA